GCCCAAGAUGGCGGGAGGCUCGGGUUGGUAGGAAGCGCGAGUGGAAGCGCAGCCGAGCGGGGAGCGCGGGUGGUUGGUCGGUCACCUGCCGGGACGCUUCCUUCCCGAUCAUGAGUAACAUCUACAUCCAGGAGCCCCCUACCAAUGGCAAGGUUUUGUUGAGAACAACAGCAGGGGAUAUAGAUAUAGAAUUAUGGUCAAAAGAAGCACCAAAAGCAUGUCGAAACUUCAUCCAGCUUUGUAUGGAAGAGUAUUACAAUAACACAAUAUUUCACAGAGUAGUGCCUGGCUUUAUAGUGCAGGGAGGUGAUCCCACUGGUACUGGAUCUGGUGGAGAUUCAAUCUAUGGAGCUCCCUUCAAGGACGAGUUCCACUCACGAUUGCGAUUUAAUCGAAGAGGACUUGUUGCUAUGGCAAAUGCUGGGCCGCAUGAUAAUGGGAGUCAGUUUUUCUUUACGUUGGGUCGUGCAGAUGAACUUAAUAACAAGCAUACAAUCUUUGGAAAGGUUACAGGGGAUACAAUAUAUAACAUGUUGCGUCUGGCUGAAGUAGAAGUUGACAAGGAAGAGAGACCUCUCAGUCCACACAAAAUAAAUAGCAGUGAGGUUUUGUUUAAUCCUUUUGAUGACAUUGUUCCAAGACUGAAUAGAAAGCUGAAGAAGGACAAACCAGAAGAAGAAAUUAAAAAGUCCAAAGUAAAAGGCACAAAAAAUUUUAACCUGCUUUCCUUUGGGGAAGAAGCUGAAGAAGAAGAGGAGGAAGUCAGUAGAGUUAGUCAGAGCAUGAAGGGAAAAAGUAAAAGUAGUCAUGAUCUACUGAAGGAUGAUCCACAUCUAAGCUCAGUUCCUGCUGUCAAAAGUGAAGCAGCAAGUGAAGAAAGGGAUUUAAGUGAGGAAGAAGAAGAACGCGAUGAAGAUGCUGAUAGUGUAGAAGGUGAAGCUGCUAGCAAUGAGAGGUUUCACAUAAAAGAACGCAUUGCCAAGAAGUUGAAAAUUGAUAUAAGUGAAAAUGCUAAACAGCAACUUCAAGAUGAAGAAACUAAGACAGAAAAGAAAACAACUAGUCGCAGUGAGGAGCUACGGAAAGAAGUACGACAGCUGAAACGUGAACUGCUGGAAGCAAAACAGAAAAAAGAUGAAAGAGCUUUAAAACCCAAAGAAAAGGAAGAGGAGGAACCUGCUCCAAACAGUGUUAUUGAAGAAUACCUUCAGGAGAAGAGAAAAUAUGAAGACAAGCGGAAGCAGCAGCCAAAGAAAGGGGUGUCUCGUGAAGAUCAGACACUGGCACUGUUGGACCAGUUUAAAUCAAAGUUAACCCAGGCAAUUGAAGAAACUCCUGAAAAUGAGGUUUCUGAACCUGAAGUAGAUAAUGACGAAGGAUGGAUGUCACAUGUACUUCAGUUUGAAGAUAGAAGCAGAAAGGUGAAAGAUGCAAGCAUGCAGGAUGAAGACACUUUUGAGAUCUAUGAUCCCCGGAAUCCUGUAACUAAGAGGAGAAGAGAAGAAAGCAAGAAGAUAAUGAGAGAAAAAAAAGGAAAGGAGAUAAAAAGAAUGUAAAGCUGCCUUGAAAGUGACUUCAAUAAAGCACUGGCUCUUUUGUUAGCUGUAGUUCCUAAAAAUAUCACUGGACAAGUGUGAAAAGGAAUCUCUCAAGAACCUGUCAUGCAGUUUUGAAGCAGAGCUAUCAUUUGUUUCUUAAGUUGUGCAGUCAAGUACAUUCAUUAUCCAACCUCUCUAAAGGUUUUUAGAAUUAUAUAUUUAGUAAAAGAGCUGACCUGAAUUUUGUCUGUGCUUCAAUUACAAUGUCACCAUCAUGGUUUAAUCAACAUAUGGUAAUCAAACCAUGGUAAUAUGGUAACAUAUGGUAAUCAAAAAUCAACAUAAUGAAUGAGAAUGUGUACAAUAAGGAUGAAAUUAGAAGGUAGAAACCCCAUUUUCAGCCUUUUUUUUUCUGAAAGUAUAAUUUUAUUAUUUUUAAAAAAGGCAUAUAAACAUUACAGCAGUAAACACUGCGUGCCUGAACCCCUCUGUCACAGUUAAGCGUGAUGCAGUGACAGAACUCCUUAGAAUGGUUCCAGCUUUCUUAAACUAAGUUUAAUUUGAGAAUUUUGUUGUUUUCUCUUUCUUUUGAAAUUAAUAUUCCAAUACAGAUCCCAGCCUGGGAAGCUGCAAUAAUAUACAAUUUGAAGAGUGUUAUUUCACUAGCUGUACCACAUGAACAAAAAGAGAAUGCGAAUGUACUGUAUUGGUUGCUUAACCUGUUGCAAUACCAGAAACAUCCCUUUGGUAGAAUUCUCGCUGUAAAGUAGCUGGUAAUGAAGAUUGGUUUGUUAAUCAGUACAGAAACAAAAACAAUAUGAUCAAUCUUAUUAAAAAGGGUUGUAACCCUGUUUUUAACAAUUAUUCUACCAUCUAAAAAUGAACAGCUCAAGUUUUCAGUUUAUAGAGUUUCCACAGAAUUUCCCCCCUGGGUGACAAUAUUUUUACAGAAAAAUGGGAGUUUUCAAUGCUCCUUCCUUACAGCAUUUCUGAUUAUGCAGAAGCAUGGACUACCCAUGUGGGCAAUAGCUAAAGAAGAAUGAGCAGAAGUGAGCAAGGUCAUUAAAAAGUGCAACUAGAGGAGUGUUUUGCUGAUGUUUUUAGAACAAGUUCGGUAAGGUAUGGUGUCCUUAUCAAGCUGCCACUGCCAAAUUUCUUGAUAGGGUCUGAGGUGUGAGAUACAUAAACCUGCAUUGGUGGGUUAAUAUGGCCCAGAUGUCAGAGGUUAGAUUAAUACAGGCUAUUGCUUUAAUGUGUGGUGCAACCUUUGAGAUAAGAAGAAAACUUGGGAGGUGUGAUGUGAGAUCCCAAAUAAAGCUGUCAUUAUCCUCCUCUUAGGCCAAGUGAAUUAUACUGUACCACGGUGUAAAGAAGUUAAGAGGGGUUACAUUCCUAAACACAGCAAUUCACAAACUAGUGAGUCAAAGGUGUUUAAUCAUUAAGUCAUUUUCGGGUGGGCUGUUCUUGGCAAAAUCAAGAACAUCUAAUGUUACAUGCUGUUAUCUCUAUUCAUUGUUUUGUGUAGAAAAUUUUAAAACAGUCAUUACAGGAAAUGAGAAUAUUCUGAUGUGGAUGGGAGAGAGAAUGAGUGUGUGUGUGUGUGUGUGUGUGUGCGUGUUGGCAGAGGAGGUCAGCAUGGGGAAGGUGAGGACUAGGGCUAGACAGAAACUUCAGCAUCAAUUCCAGGAGACAGCUACUGCCCCUUUAAUAGAAAAAUGUUCUAUUACAUACUUUUCCUGUAAGUAGGAUGCAUAAAUCAAUGAAUGGGCAAGUUGACUAACACCCCUUUUAGCUGAAUCUUUUCGCUGACAACCUUCAGGAGCUGAGCUCUGUGUGUGCUGUAUUAGAUGAUUCCAAUUUUUAAGCACUUAGACAAGGACAGGGAGAAAAGCUUUACUCGGGUAUUAAGGCUCUGCUCAUCAGAAAGAGGUCUGAAAUGCUGGAUCUUGCAUACAUACAGGACUGAUAAUGUCACAAGAACAAGCGUGUAGCUGUGCUGACAUUGUCUUGGUAAGUGAAGUGUGUAUUAAAAAUCAGUAAACAUUUUUCCAGAGACAAUAUAUCUUGUGUAAUUAAUGCUGCAGUUGAAACCAAAUGUAUUGGCUCUUUUAGCUAAUUCUAAGUGCUACACUGUUGCUUUGUGCUAGGACAGCACAAGUGCUGGCCCCAGUAGGAUGAUGCUUACCCCAAGCAGCCAUUUUUUCCUAUGUCUAAUGAAUGUCACUUGAGGUGUCAUGGCCAUUUACUGCAUUAAACCCAGCUUCCUAAGAGUAACAUGGCAUGUGCUUUGCACUAUGGCUGUCUAUUGGGAUAUGAAAGAGGAAGUGAGGUUUGGUUUCAGUUUGGGGGUUUUUUAAAUUAAAGUUGGGACCAACUUCCCUCUAGUUUACAUUUUGCUUUGUACCAAACCCAUAGAUAAGGGUAAGGAUAUCUGGAUUAAAUUAAUUCAAUUUUAUUAUGAUUGUGAAUGGAAAAUCCAAUUUACCUUGAUGAGGACAGCUGGAAGUGCCAGGCCCUGGAUGCUUUAUGAAGAUACUUGGAUUACUUGUGUCUAAAAUCAGGCCUGUAUACCACAGGGGAUUGGUGCCAUGAGGGAGCAUCAAUAAGAAAUGCUACAAAUAAAUGAAUUCAAGCAUUUUUUUGUUAUCAAUUCUAAUUCUGUGUGAUAAAAAUAUUUUAUAAUACUUGCUUCCUAGAAACACAGAGUCUCUAGAGAGUUUUUAGUAAUUACAAGUGAUAUUGUUCUUCAGGGUUAAUCAGCUUUGCAUAGUAUUUCACAGCAUUCUUUGAAUAAGCUUCUCUCAACAUUCUUGGUUCACCUGUUUUAAUGCCAAUAAAUAUUUCUUCAAGAAAAGAAAAGGAUCUGCCUUUAU